AUGGCAGGUGCUGGCCUCGGCCAAGGCGCGCUCGCGGCGUGGCGGCGCGCGGUGGAUCUGGACCCCGGUUGCGCAGAGGGCUGGCUCGCGCUGGGCCGCGAGGCCGCGCGGGCGAGCGCGGCGUCUCAGGAGAGGGUGGCUCCGCCGUGGGUGGUCGAGCAGCUCGGGGCCCGGGGCCAGGCCGAGUCGGGCCUUGGCGGGGCCGCGGAGGCCCGCAGCGCCCUGCGGGCUGCGCUGGCCGCGCGGCCGACGUGGGCGAAGGCGCACGCGAUGCUCGCGCUCGUGUGCCAGGCGUGGGCGCCGAGGAACGAGAGCUGCGUCCUGCGGCACGCCGCGGCCGCGCUGUCGCGGGACGCCCAGAGCGAGCCGGCGCUGGUGGCGCUCGCGGCCGCGAAGGCCGACGCCCUGCCGCUCGCGAACAGCUGCAGCGGGUCCUGCUCCGCCGCCGAAUGGGCUGCUGGCGCGGGCCGACUGACCGUGCAGCGGCGGGUCCUCGAGCGGGAGGUGGCGGCGCUGUUGCGCCGCGCGGUGGCGGCGGCGCCGGAGCGGGCGGAGCUGAGGGCGGCCCUUGCCGCACAGUUGGGCGGCUCGGACGAGGCUCUGGAGCUGCUACGCUCCGCGGUAGAUCUGGCGCCGUCCUCCAGGCUCAUCGUCGGUUUCGCGAUGAAGGAGCUGCGCUACCACCGGCGUCCAAGGGAGCGCGGCGAGAUGCUGCAGGCCGCGCUGGGAAGACGCCUCUGGCGGCUCCCCUUUCACCGGCCCCUGGUGUACUGGCCGUCCUUCGCCGCCGUGUCCUCGCAGCCCCAACUGGAGAUCCUGCGCCUCGCGCUGGGAGAGUUUCGCAGCCGCCUGCCAGAGAUCCGCAAGGAGCUGAUGGAGUCCUUCAACUCCAGGCUGGAACUCGACGGUGCCUUCGCUGGCCUGGACGGGUUCACCCCCUGCCCGACUCGCUCGCGCUGCUCGGAGGAGACGCCAGGGCUGCUGCCCGCGCGCACGCGUUAUGCCGGGCGCUGGCUGGAGCUGCAGAUCUACGACGAGCGACUGGGCCAGUGGCGCGAGCGGGGCUGCCAGGCUGGCCUGUCGCAGAGCACCUGCGACGGCCUGGCCGCGAUCGCGCGGCUGGGCCUGCGGCCCCUGCAGGCCUCUGUCUCCGCGGUCUUUGGCCCCGCCACCUACAUCCAGCCGCACGAACAGCUCUACGACAUGUACCGCAUGCACUGCGUGCUGGCGCUCCCCGCGGGCGCCCAGUCUGUGCUCCAGCUCGGGGACAACUCGAGCAUCGUGCACGGCGCGCAGGGGGGGGGCCGGGAGUGCUUCUGGUUCAACGAGGCGGUGGAGCACGAGCUCAGCUUCUCUGCGGGGCCCGGCCUCGUUCGCACCGUGCUUAUCGUCGACGUGAUUCCCCCGGAGCUUUUGCGAGCGGGGGCGCCGCUGGUGGAGGAGAGGCCGUUCAGUGCCAGCCACCUCGCCCGGGCGUACAUGUGA